UGUGCGCCGUACUUGAUGCGAGUUACCUACGCUUAAUGUCGGCCAUUUAAUGAUCACAAGUGUCUUGUUCGUAAAUGUAUAUAUAUUUAUUUAUUUUUUGCAAUUUUGUGACAGGACUGUUUCGAGAGUGAGUGACCGACAGGUGCCUUUGCCUCAAUUUUCAAACCGCUCGUGAAGGCAGUAGAUUUUAAGUAUUUCAAUUUUAAGCAUCCACAAAGCCUCCUUGAUACUUAAGUACAACACAAACUGGGGAACAACAAAGUUUUAUUUAUGUAUUUAUUUAUUUUUAUGUGUGCUUACAAAUAUAGUUGGGAGAUCGAGAUCCAGUGGGCGUGGUGCACCACAGAUGCCAGAGAGGGGCAGAUACCAACCUAGGGGUGAUGCAUACGCAGAUUACAAGAGCAAGGACAAGGAUUCCUCUCACAGGGCAGAGCAGAUUGAUAAGUAUGACAGCAGAGAUCACAAAGAAAAACCCAGAGUCGCUGGCGAGAGAGGCUCUGCUGGUGACAGGAGGCCUAAACAGAGGGACGUGACAAGUGCACCUCAACCUGCUUUCAGAGACCACCAUCAUGAAGGACCCUCCACACUGUAUGGACAGCCGUCAGUGUAUUACUCUGACGAUGAAAAUUAUGAACAACGACCCAGACAAGAUCUUUACAAUCUGCGAUACAUCCUCACCAGCCGAGGUCUUUGCCAGCUAAUGGAGGUGUUUGUCAAUCUUCUGCUUAUUAUCUGCGCUGGCGUGCCUCACAGCAACAAUGGCGGUUAUCGUGACCUGGCCAGCCUGGGCGGCAUCUACCACUAUCACUUUGGCGGAGCCGGUGCCUUCCAAGGUGCCGAAGCAGAACGCGUGAAGGAGCUAGACCAAUUGUUCAAUGAGCUCAAGAGGCCUCCGUAUGCCUUCGCCAUGGCGUGCGCCGGCAUAGUCAUGAUCUACGCUCUGGCCAUGCUCGCCCUGGGAAUUUUCCGAGUGCCUUACCGCAACCCGCCCGUGCUCCUGGUCGAAACUCUGAUCAACCUUCUUGUUGGUUUGGGCUACAUUGUUGCUCUGGCCUUCUUCUUUAUCAAACUGCAGGAAAACUACAACAACCCCAUCUGCCAGGAGAGGGAGCGCAUGUACAAGAGCAAAGGUCACAAGGGCUUCGAGUGCCAGUUUCACGGUGCGGACAUCGCCGCGGGUCUCUUCGGCGUGCUGGGCGUCUUUGUCUUCAUCUUCGGGGCCGUGUUGGCCAUCAGAGCUUUCCGCACUGUGCGAGAAAUGAAGAAGCAAAAGACAAAUGUGGAUGAUCGCUUUUGAGGACAGUUAGAGCAAAACUUACUGUAUCGUAAUAAACAGAGUCUCACUGGUUGUAUUGAAUCAGUGAAACUUUUACACACUUUUGUGUUUGCUCUCCUUGCUCGCAUGAAAUAGGGACAAAGUAGUAGUAGUAGUAGAAAAUAACCUUCAAAAAAGAGGCUCAAGCUGUUCAUUGUCACUCUCAGCUCAAGGUUACUGUCAACCUAAAUAUAAAACAAAGAGGAAGUACAUGUUGUGGAUUUAAAAGAACCAUAAAAACAGCUGUAUCUCAAUGCUGUCAUACAAUGGGAAACUCUAUUGGCAUACGGGCUCAGUUAGCAUUUGUGGCAGUGUUGCUAUCCUGCAAGCAAAGAAUAUCUAAACACAAGAGUUGCAGUAACCGAUGCAGGUAGAUAAUAUAAUAAUACUCACAGGCAUGUAUUCUUUAUCCUCUGUGAAGAACAAUCAUUAUUAUUAUUGCCAUCCUGAGAGGCCAAGGGAAGUGCUGAGCCUUCAAUACAGUACUAAAUAUCUGUAUGCCCAUUUUAUACUACCCCUAGUUGAUAUGUGAUACAAUCAUCCUGUUUUAAGUUAUGAGCAUGGUCGCGGAAUGAAUUAAUUUUGGAUUUAAAGGCAACACUGUAAUUUCCUGGCACACAUAAUGGCGGCAAAUCAAUCUUUUUAUAUUAGUUUUGCCUUGAGCACAACAGCAAAAUGCUGUAGUCUGUCAGUCUAUUUUGGGCUUUUUAUUUGUUGUAUUUUUGUAUUCCAUUUACAUACAAGUGUAUUGUGUACAUCUGUGUCUAUAUUAAACAACUUUGAACCUAGAAAUGUUCACAGUGGUCUGUCAUUUUAUUUUGGGCUUUU